AUGUCCUUCGCGUCGGGAUGGGAUGAGUUGGACGCGCCAGACUCGGACAAUCAUCAUGGGCGGGCAGUAAGUGUAAUGGUGGACAAGCGCAUGACGUGCGUGCCGGCGGACUCCCUUGCAGUCAGCUGGAAUACGGCCGGGGCCCUAUCAUCAGUAUCCACGCAGACCACCGGCUCACUCAAAGGCCUGAACACGCUCUCUUCAAAGGUCACCUCGGUGCUUUCGACUUCAUAUGCUGACUCGGAGUUCCGAGAUGCACUCUCCCUCUUAGAUGGCCGUGGCAUUCAAAACACCGCCGAGGCUCGCCGAAACCUCCGCUUGGAUCUACAGAGGGAGGUUAUUGAGAGUAAUGGCGAAAUAAUUGAUGAGUUUGGUAGGGUUGCCGAGCAACUUCGCCGCAUAGGCAACACGCUGGAAAAGCUCAACAAGAGUUAUGCCGAGAUGAAAAGUCAAGUUACCACAGCUCACGAGUGCACAUCUCCUGUGCUACAAGAGGCUUCAACCUUGAUAGCUCAAAAACGGCAAGUUGAGACAAAACAGCGGCUUCUCAAAUCUUUUUCUGGACACUUCUUGCUUCCCGAGGAUGAGGUUGCCAUCUUGACCCUCACGUCGGAGCCUGUGGAUGACCGUUUCUUCAAUGUACUCGCCAAGGCCCGACGGAUUCGCAAGGACUGUGAGAUCUUGCUUGGUUUCGAGAACCAGACUUUAGGUCUUCAGAUAAUGGAGCAAACCUCGAGGAACCUGGAUCUUGCAUUUCAGAAGCUGUACAGAUGGAUCCAACGCGAAUUCAAGACCCUAAAUCUGGAAAGUCCCCAGCUAGGCUCUGCUAUUCGCCGGGCGCUACGGACACUGGCCGAACGCCCGUCGCUAUUCCAGAAUUGCCUUGAUUUCUUUGCCGAAGCACGCGAGACCGUUUUAUCGGAUGCGUUUUUCACUGCUCUCACAGGCACGACGUCUGGUGGCACAGUCGAUCACUCGGUCAAACCAAUCGAGAUGGCUGCCCAUGAUCCGUUACGAUAUGUGGGCGAUAUGCUCGCAUGGUCUCAUUCAGCCACUGUCAGCGAGAGGGAGGCACUUGAAGUUCUAUUUGUUUCCGACGGCGACGCUAUUGCCAAGGGGAUUCAGUCAGGCCGGGACACUGAGGUAUGGCGCCUCGUUGCAGAAGAUGGCGAAGAAGCACCAGAGUUUGACCCCAUCAAGGCUCUGAAUGAGCUGGUGGAUCGCAACGUCUCCGGUGCUGCUCGCUUUCUGCGUCAAAGAAUCGAGCAGGUCAUCCAGACGAACGAGGAGACAAUACUUGCGUACAAGCUAGCCAAUCUGCUAGGCUUCUACGGCGUCAUGUUUGCCAAGCUCCUGACUGAGGAGUCGAUUCUUGUUGAGUGCAUCCGAAACUUGGAGGCUGAAGCCUUGCGGCAAUUCAGGUCGUUGAUGCGAGACUACAUCGCCAACUUGCAAGGCGAUUUCCAGCAUAUCCCGCCAAACCUUGAGCCACCAGAUUUCUUAGUGCUCUCGCUACAGCAGCUUGAUGCGAUAAUGAAGACAUACGAGACAUCAUUGACCGCUUCAGGAGAUCGUGAAGCAGACUUCCAGCCCGUCCUUGCCGAGGCCCUCGAUCCUUUCAUUGCCGGUUGCAGGAACAUAGGCAAAGCCUUGGACCCUCCCAAAGACUCGGUGUUUCUGAUAAACUGUCUCAUGGCUAUCAAGAGAGUGUUGAUGCCGUAUGACUUCACCAAGGGCCGAGUUGAAGAUCUGGGGGAAGAGAUUGGCCGGGAGAGCUCCAAGCUGUCCGAAAGCCAAUACACCUUUUUCAGGGAAGCAUCUGGAUUGGCUGAGGUCUUCGACGCAGUAAAGCCUCUAACGGACAAACCCGAGGAUGUUGAAAAGGUCAGAACGUUGGCACCGUUGGCUCCGGUGGCUCUAGCGCAAGCUAGCCAGAGGCUUGAUGAUUUUCUACCGUCGGCACUACUGGAUGCUCUUGAGAACAUCAAGUAUCUUCAAGACUCUGCCAUGGCUCGAAACAUUACUGAGGAGGCUGCUGACAAAUUCUGUCUGGAUUUCGAACACGUGGAAUACAUACUUAUCGAUGCGCGUCCAACGACGCCGAGCAUGGAUGUAGACAGCCCCUUCAGCGACCUCCUCAGGACCACGUAUGACGAGUGCUUUAGCGAGGCCCAGUCAGCUGUGGCGCUGGAAGAACAGGAUGCUAUAGCGCCAGCCGAUCAGCGCUGGCGGGCCGUGGUCGGUCGCAUCAAAUAUCUGCGGAGUCUCCUGCCACAGGAGCACGCAUUCAAGCAUGAAACAGACAGAAAUGCCAUGAAGGGCCUCCGGGAACUCGAGCUAACUGCACAGGAGCAUCUCGAUCUCCACGAAGGUCUGCGCCUUUCUCUGCAGAGCCUCAACAUCAACCAGCCAGCCGCGAGUUCCAAUCGCAGCAACUGGGUUGAACAGGACGAUGGCCUUGCUUACGGCGCGUCUUACCAGUCAGCCCCGCGGCCGCCACUACCUUCACGGGGGACAUCUUCCCCAAACCACUCGACUGCUGCAGUCGUCGACAGCAGAUCAAGCUCCGAUACGGAGCCCAUACCGCCACAUACCGACACACCAGCCCUUUCUUCCUCGUCGGCUGGCAAGCCUGCUCCGCCGUCAGCUGCCGACAGAAAAUCGGACCGUUCUGGAAGCCCCGGCAGACACAAGUUCAGGACCACGCUACGAACAGGGAAGCCCGGGUUCAGGCCGCGGAAUGCUGGUCCUACUGCGCCAGGGGCCGAUAUGGCUGCCGCAGCUGCGUGGACCUCAAAAGACUCGCGCGUCUACCGCGAAAGAUCGCCCAGCAGUGAAGGCUCACCUAGGGUGGCAGCGGCGGGAGCGCGCACACAAGCCUACCUGGCAUCUUUGUCCUCAUCAUCAGACCAGUACACAAUGCGCUUUGACCGACAUACACGGCGACUUGUACCAAAGGAGAAGUCGAGGGCUGAGGAAAGGUCACACUCUUCGGAAGCUGCCGAUUCUGCUGCAGCGGCAAUGAGGAGCAUGUCAGAGUCUGCGAGGGCAUCUGGUACUGCGAACGGGGUAAAUGACUCGAACACGGCAGCCGCGAUUCCAGCUCUCGCAAGACAGGCUGCAAGGAGAAGUGGUGAAGCUGCGGCAACCUCAAGGACUCGAAGGUCCGCCGAUGUUUCGAGACCAUCAUUGACCACUGCACCUCCCGGCAGAGCUGAUAGGUCAUAUUCGGGGAGCUCUAGGCGCGAACGACGUGUGAAGGAAGAACCAAUAACGCUCGCCAGCAACGGCGCAAGCGCUAAAACCCACGAUGGGAAUAUUCCAUCAUCUACAGAAGGAGAAGACGCAGGAGACACAUGCGAAGAUCCUAGUUCUAUGACUUGGGAAGCUAAACGGGCAUGGGUUCUCCGAAACAUACCUCCAGGAGUCGAAGGGCCCACGGCUGCGCAGAUCCUGGACGAGAUCGAUCCAACCAAAGACGUAGUGCAUUGGAAAGAAAUCGCAGGACUCGAUGAAGCCAAGAAUGCGCUCAAGGAAGCUGUGGUCUAUCCAUUCCUGCGACCAGACUUGUUCAGAGGUCUUCGCGAACCCCCUCGAGGUAUUCUACUCUUUGGGCCUCCGGGAACCGGCAAGACAAUGCUCGCGCGCGCCGUGGCCACCGAAUCCGAAAGCACGUACAUCGCCGUUACGGCCAGUACAUUAAACAGCAAAUAUCUAGGUGAAUCCGAGAAGCAUGUUCGCGCCCUCUUUACUGUGGCAAAGAUGCUGGCCCCGAGCAUCAUAUUCAUCGAUGAGGUUGAUUCAGUAUUGUCAAAGCGCUCAAGCUCCGGAGAACAUGAGGCUAGUCGGAGGCUCAAGACUGAGUUUUUGAUUCAGUGGAGUAGCUUGGAGAAGGCGAACACAAGUGUGAAGCAGCUCAACGGCGGAGGAAGUGGUGACAACAGGGUCCUGGUUCUGGCGGCAACCAAUCGCCCCUGGGACCUAGACGAUGCCGCAACACGACGGUUCGCCCGCCGCCAAUACAUUCCGCUCCCUGAGUCGGAGACCAGAAGCGUACAGCUGCAGAAGCUACUCGAGUCCGAGUUGAAACAUUGCUUGACAGAGUCCGACGUCGAGGAGCUCGUGCGGCUGACAGAAGGUUAUUCCGGGUCCGAUAUCACUCAUCUGGCCCGUCAGGCCUCUUAUGGGCCUUUGAGAUCUCACGGCGAGGCGGUUCUGCGGAUGACCUCGGAAGAGAUCAGGCCUAUAGACAUGUCGGACUUUGUGGCAUGCUUACGUACUGUUCGACCAAGCGUGAAUCAGAGUAGCCUGAAGCAAUUUGAGGAGUGGGCGAGGCAGUUUGGGGAGACCAUUUGA